AUGACGGCAACGAUCACAAGGCGCGUGCGCGACUCGAGGCGAACUGUUUUGCUUCUGGCGCUCUGUCUAGCACAAAUUUCGAUCAGUGCAACACACGAACAGCAGCACCAGCUGAGCAGCAUUACCGGUAAGCCGGCGGUGCUGCGAACUGAACUCCGCUUUGGGCGCAAUCUCGAUCCUGAGAAGGUUCGAGUGGUUAGCGUAAAAUCCAGCAAAGGCGAUAACGUGGAGAUCAUUGUGGGCAAGGACAGUCGCAAGGCACGUUCGGAGCAAGCUGGAGGCUCCUUCUUUGUGCGCAGUAGCGAUGUAAGGCGUCCAACAACUUCGCAGCCCAGGUCGGCUGCGCAGGGCACGGGACGUCAGCUGACCUUCCAGCACAGCCCAGCUCUGCUGAAGCAGGUAGAGCUGGCGCAGCAAUCCCAAGCAUAUCGGCAACGCAAGGCUGAAGCGGAGCAGCGACAGGCCAAGCUCAUUCAGCUGCAACUGCAGAAGGCACGUAGCAAGGCGUUGGAGCAGCAGGCAUUGGAAAGUGAAGCGACAGUCGACAUAUCUACAAACAAUCGCCGUGGCCGUAUGCUGAGUAGUGGCGGCAGCUGGCAGCAAUCUUGGCAGCCACUCUACCCCCAGGCACAACUACAGGCUGGCACGGAACGUCGUAAUAACUUCUCUUUUCCGCCGGAGACAGAACUGCAGAGGCGCCACUGGGAAACGCAGCCGCGACUGCAUCGUCAAGCGGCGCAGUCGCAGUUCGUGCCACUCAGUCUACCCCUGGACAUGCAAUACGCCGCCUCCGAGCCGUUGGCGUACUAUGAACGUGACACGCGUGCCUAUAGCAGCAGCACUGGUAAUGGAAAUGGACAGCACCAGCGCCCUCAGAAUUUAAUCACCAAGCACAACUACAAUGCACUGCCUCAAAAGUCCAAGUAUGUCACCUACUUGCCUCAUUCGGUGGUGGUAACGGCCAGUGCGGGUGUGGCCACGCCCACAGUCACGCGCAGCAAGCCAACUACAAGCCAAACCUUCAGUUACAAUCCAAGUCCGAGCCAGAGUCAUAGUCCGCUAAGAAAUCCCAUAGGGCACAGUACACACAGCGUCGUCGAUGGACCCGCCGUAACUGUAAUCGAGGGUGUCCGCGUGCCGGAUACGGCGGAGGACAAAGUAAAGACCUGGCGCAACGCCAGAGUACUCAACAAUCAACUGGUGCCAUAUCCCGAGGGUUACACGCCGCCCCGCGUGCAAAUGCCAAGCUUUGACAGAUAGGCUGUGGAUGGAUAUUGGAUGUUGUGCUAAUGCUACGACUUGGGUGCUUACUGGUUAACUACAACUAUGCGUAUUCGCGGGGCUCCAUCUGCUUGAAAGCCCUAACUUGUAUUGUAUGCUAUUUAUU